CAACUGGCUGCUCAUUCGUUAGCUAGGAAAACUCUCUACCGAAUGAAAGCGGUCCCCGCACGCUCCAUAGUACAGUCGUGACGGUAGAAAAUCAGUCCUAUUACUUUCCGGACAAACCCUGUAUACCUAAUAUAAUAUAAAAUUUUUCUAAUUUCCUGGUGACCUUGUUUCGCAUAUAUCAGCCAAUAGCCUUCCUUACUUAUUUCUGCAUAGUUUUUACUUAUUCUCAUGGGUUUCUGCGAUUCCUAAAAAAACUUAUGUCUUGAAGGCCUACCAAAAAAUAUUGGUCUAAAGUAUGGUAGUAUUGAUGUUAUUGAAACCUCGAAUACUAUAACGAUGACUAUGUUAACUAUUCGACUGCUGUUUACUUUCAGGCUCAUACACAUAAAUUCACGACUCAUCUGUCACCUGUCACGAUGUCAUGGACAUGUUUCGAAGCACUGUCAUCGUAUUUUUUAGCAUUUUUCUCUACCAAUCAAGCCGAGCCUGUUUUAAGAAUGACUCGGUAAACACAUUUUUUAAUAUUUGUAAUAUUGAAUGUGUGCUGAUCGCAAAAAAUUCUUGUGAUUUAAUUCCAUUUUUGGUCAAGAUGAACAUUUUAAAUUACUGAAAAUAACGCAACUGGCGCUCGUAUUUCAAAAAGUGUAUUUCUAAGUGUGUUCAUCAACAAAAUGUUUAACUUUAAAAACACUAGGGUUACUAAAUACCGAAAUGAAAAGGCAACCUACGUACCAACAACGGGCACUUAUUGGUAAUGACAGAGUUGAACAUCCAUUUUCGCAUUUUUUAGAUAUGUACAUACAUAUAUAGUAUAACACAUACAAAUAUACUUAUGGUACGCUUAGCUAAUACGGAGCCUUAAUUACAUAUGCGCAAUUAAUAAAAUUUUCCAGAUAAAUGAUAAGAAGAAUUAUUAACACAAAUUCUGUGUCAGUUUCAUCAUUACAAAGUUGUCAUGAAUUAGCGGUAUUGUUAUCAGUACACUACCCGAAAUCAUAAAUAAUAUGCAUAAACUCUUUAUCACGUUAAUUAGUUAAUAAUAGAUAUUGGAAAUUAGUAGCAGCCCAGUUUUGGCAACGUUCAGACACGCGACGAUCAGUGCUUAAGCAUAAAUAGUAAUUGGAUUUCCUCAGAAAUCUUAAAAUGCGUCCCUUGCCACCGGAAUUAGCGAAAAUCGCGCGAGAGGAAUUGAAUGAGAUACCGGAGCGUCUGCAACAAGACUUGGUUAUAUUGCGAACCUGGAUUUAUCAGCAGCGUUAUUUGCAUGCGCGUACAUCGACGGACUUCCUGAUUGCCUUCCUCAGGCGUUGUCGCUACAGUUUGGAGCAGACAAAAAAGCGCAUUGAUGACUUUUUCACAUUUCAUACAAAGUGUCCGGAGAUAGUGUCGAAUCGGCGUGUGACAGAGAAAAUGUUAACCAUUAAUCGCUUAGGACUUCAAUAUUUCCCGGAAUUUCCUAGAUGCAGUGACCACGCUGCAAUUAUGAUUACCCGACUCAACUGUUGCCCCAAACGUUAUCACAUGCGCGAUGUUAUGGCUUACACUGCGAUGGGCAUGGAACUGAUAGCACUAGAGAACGAUAAUGCUGCUAUUGUCGGGGUUAUUCAAAUAUUCGAUUUAUCUAAUCUGGAUGUUGAGCAUGCGGCUCAAUUGGGUGGCGGUCUCUUCAGGAAAUGGUGGUAUUGGAUGAGCGAUUGUUGCCCCUUGCGCAUAAAUGCAACCUAUUGCUUGAACGCGCCCAAAGAACUGCAAAAUUGGUUAGGUGUCCUGAGAACACUACGCGUCAAAAUGCGUCCGCAAUUCUUUAUCCUGAAAUCGUUGGAAGAAUUGUAUGAACACAUACCACAAAAAUGUUUACCUGAGGAAUAUGGUGGCGCCAAUGGGCAUAUGCAUGAGUGUGUUUCGUACAUGGAAGAUUUGCUAAAGAGCUAUCGUGACUAUUUUGAAGACGAAGUAAAUUACGGCACUGUUGAACAUUUACGACAUGGUGAGAUUAUGCCAUAUGAGGCAGAGUUUGGCGCAGAAGGCAGCUUUCGUCAAUUGAUUUACGAAUAAAUAUUAUUGAGAUAGCUAUAAAUAUACUAUAUGUACAUAUGCAAAUAUACAUAAAUAUUUACAUGCAAAUCAAGUAUUGCGAAACGGUUAACUUAAACCCUUGAGUCAUUAGCAGUCAGCUUCCACUAAUUAUCUCCUUAUAUGUAUGUAUUAAUUAAAGAUCUAUUUGUGAG